AUGGUUUAUUUAAGAACAUUAAGAAAUUCAGAAUUAAUGUAUAUAUUUAAAACAUUAACUUAUGGAAAUUCAUUAAAUUAUGAAAAUUUAUUAACUUGUGAUAAUUUAUUAAAUCUUUUUAAUAAUAUUUAUAAUAUUAAUUAUACACAUGAAGAAAUUAAUUUUACUAUUAAUUAUCUUAAAGAAUUAUCUAAUUCUCACGUUACUCCCGUAACGGUGACUGGCCCAACGGCUACCACUAAUAACUUUACUACCAGUAAUAUAGGUACUAAGGGAAAGGGAGCUAAUUCUAUGGGUAUGAAGUGUACUAGUGGACCAAGCACCGUAACUGAGGGACUAGAUUUUAUAACAUUUUCCAAUUCUAUAAAUAAUAUAUUAAAAAUAAAUUCAUUAGAAAUAUUAUUAAAAAAUAUUUUUGAUAAUAUAUCAAAUAAUAAAAAUUAUAUAACAAUUGAUGAUAUAAUAAAUUUUACAUUAAAAUGUAAUAUUAAACUUUCUGAAGAUUCAAAAUUAAAAUUAACCUCAAGAUUUUCAACCAAUAUCAAUUUCAAUCAAUUUAUACAAAUUAUUAUCAAUACAUAA